GUGAAUUUUGCUGGAGUCCAAGGCUCUGAAAGAGCUGCCUCGGAAGGGACUGCUGGGACGGCUCAUGGUCCGUGAGUGGGCCCGCAGGUCCAAAUAAGUACCUGAUGACUAUCACAGUCCCUCUGGCCAGCAACUGGUGGCACCCAGGUCCGAGGAGCUAUGUGCUGCCUGCGGUCGUGGAGCCAAAUCCUCCUGCCAGUUUUUAUCUCUCUCUUUCUCAUCCAACUGUUUAUCAGCUUCUCAGAAAAUAGCUUUCCCCAAAUCUCCAGAUACAAGAACAAGCACAGACCAAAAGCUAUGGAUGAUGAAUGUGCUGCAGAGAAUGAUUGUCAAUCAUGUAUAAACAGAAAGAAAUGUUUUUGGUGCAGUGAAGAAAAGGCUUGCAAAAAAAUUUGUUUUCCAAAUUCUGAGUGUCCUGUCAGUUGUUCAUUUUGGUUAAACUGUCAAGUUGACAUGUUUGGAUUCCUGAUGCUUCUACUUCUUGCAAUCAUGGUUAUAGCGUUCAUUUGUCAAUUCUGCAUUUAUCAAUAUUACCUACAGAGAACUCCUGUCUAUAUUGGUGGAAGACCACACACAGUUUACAUGCCUCAUGGGGGUGAUCCUGUGUAUAAUGAAUAGAUAACUGAAAAGCUGGAUUGCCCAGAUAGAGAAGAAGGAAGUUUCUUCAAUGAUACUGGUAAGAGCACUCAAAAGAUGUGAAUCAGUUUAAUUCAGGGCUGUUGCUUCUAGCAGAUAAGCCAGCCUACCUGCUGUUGAAUGACGUGCAAAAAAGAAG